AUGACCAUCCCGGUGGAAGUUGGGAAAAUACUGAACAAUGAAGUCGAAAUUCCACAUAUGAGUCGUGUAAUUCAUUGUUCUUCUUAAAGUUGAGCCAAACUCUUGGUGCGGACCACUGAGAUUUCAUUUUGUACUUUUAGCUCUAUACUACUGACGGCUCCGCGAGUGACGGACUGCGAGUAGCAAUAAGAGGUUCGUCGUUUUUUUAUAUUAAUGUGCGAAUUUCGGUUUGAAUGAGUUAAAUGUUUACAGAAUCAACGUAUCUCACUUUUAUAAUAGACAUUUGUAGGCCAACAAAUCAUUUUUUGAAGUGUCAUGAGUAUCUGUAUUUUCACCGUAUUGUUCACCGCAUUCGGACUGUAAAAAUUUCAGUAUGGGCUAAGUUUGGCGCAAAAAAUAGGAUACGUUGAAAUCCUGUUAGUAGUAUAUUUAUAGUCAUUUGGGUAAUUCGUUAGAUCAGGCUUUUGCAGUUUGGGUUGCCUUUCAGCAGGUGAGUAUCCCAGUCGAACUCCAGAUUAAGUCCUAUUUUGCAGGUGCGCUGUCAUGUACUUUGAAUAUGCGCAGAUUUUUCAUCAGUUAUGCAGCAUCUUGUUGUCGUUAUCACUUUUUGAAGUUCUGGAACUAAAACUGUCAGCCUUUUUUUUCAGGGGCAACGUCUACUGGAGUGGUUCCUACUACUUGUGACUUGCAGAAGGCUGUCAGUAUCGGCCACAUUCGGCUCGCAGACGAAAGUAAUGCAACUGUCUUUGGAUACAUCCGCAUCAACGGACGUAAGUAGUGAUUUCUUAAACCGUUAUAAAUGCAGAAAAUGCCACUUUUACUUGACGUUAAGACGGAAUGCGAUGCUUUUGACAGUGCGUUUGUAAGGAACACUGGUUCGAUGAAGUGCUUAUGACCCAUCAGGUGGAUCCCAGAGGUGGAUCAAAUACGCCAGGUGCGUCUGUGCGCAUGAUUGUGCUUCUGGUCCCAGCAACUGGUCAGGGUUAUGGUUGGCUGAAUAAAGGCAAAAUAAGUCUGAAACAGUACUGCAUCAAUCUAUCCGCAUUCCUGUCGUCCCGUCUCGCAACCGAUGGGGCAACAAGCCCGUGACUCUGUAGGUAGAGGCGUUGGAUUUCUAACUAACAGAUCGCGGGACCGAGUCUCAGGUGUUCCACACCUCGGGGUUGGGCAUGACUGGCUGACGAUGACUGAUGAACCAGAAAUGGUCAUUCUAUUCUCCCUUGUCUUUAUCGGUAAUGAUAUUCUGCCCAUAUAUGUAUAUAUACAUCACAGUGGAGCACAACAAACCUUGAGACGGAUUGAAAGCUACCUACCCCGGGAUUUUCUGCCUCUAUUUACUCAAUCAUAAACAUGCUGCUACUACUCCUGUGUGAGUUCGAAAGCUCACAACAAUAAGCUGAAGGUUCCGGUGUUCUACCAGCCUCCCUCUUUGCUAAUACCUACACCUGGAAUUCGAACUUUCGCCUUCGUAACUAUAACCGCAAUUUACAACCGACAGUUCGACCGUCGAUUUCGCCAGAUAUACAAACAUGCGCAUGUUGCAGGGGACAUAAUUACACCAUCCAGUUGAGGUUCAUUGGUCCUUUCCCCAGCUGCAGAUUGUAAAACGACCGAUGCGCACCCAUUUCAACAUGAAUAAACAACUGAUCUUUAGCAAGAGAUAAUGCCAGGCAUUCGAAUGUGGUCAAAAUAAGUAGGAAACAGCACGCAGUAAUCCAUGUCGUCACCUCCCGCUGACUGCGUUUGGACUGGCAAAUUUGGUGACCUCUAUCGCUCAAUCUGAUCUUUUUAGCUUCAAUAGGCCGGCAUAUCUGUCUGCAACCAUUCCAGCAUAAAAUUCACUUUACUUAAAAUAUUACUCUUUAUACGUCUUCAGGGACCAUAAAUGACAACACAGUCCCUAGUACGUCCACAAAAGUGCACAUCGGUGACCUCGGGGUCUCGUCCGGGUUGGAAGUUGAGAAGACAAAACGGUUCACUCUUCCGUUCAUUUCACAAGUAAGAGAUAAACUCUCAAACUUAUAGUCACACAGCACUUGUAGUUUGCUCACUAACCAUCCUUUUUCGUUUUUAGACCACAGUUCCCGCCGACUGUUUUCAAACGGACAUAGGUAAUCGUGGCAAAUUGAGCGCACCUGCUCUGUGUUUGCAGGAAGUCUCAACUUUAAACUUAAAGAUGCAGAUGCUAGGGCUAGAGGCGAAACCUAGUAGUGCUCAGUGA